AUGCUCAAUCACAGAUUUCAUAAGCUUGUGAAUUGCAUCCAAUGUUCAUUUGUAAAUCACAUCUUGUCGGAAAGGAGCAAUGAAUGGUAUAGUUGGGUCCAUGCUAACUGUUUAAAUCAUUCGGUGUUAAUAGCUCAACACUUGAGUUUGGAUCCUACUCCCAUUCCAAUAACACUCAAUUAUUUGAAGAGUUGUUUCGGUGGGUAUUCUGUCACAUCAUCAAACGAAGAACAGAAGAAUGUGGAUAUUCAAGACCUAAUGAAUAGUAUUCGUUAUUUUGAUCAAUAUGAUGAAUCCAAAGGAUGCAUUAGAAAAAUUAUGAUUGGAUAUCCAACAAGCAAUUUUUCAAAUUUAUAUGAAGAGAUUGCUUUUAUUUGGAUUUUAUGGAUGGAACAAGAUCAAUUUCCAAUUCAAUUCCAAAAAUUCACUUUACUUGAAGAUGAUUGGCAAUAUUAUUCUCUCUUUGAAGAAACCUUUAAUAGUCGAAUACAAGCACUAAAAAAAGCUAUGGAUCAAGAAAUGUCAGACAUUCAAGAAAUGGUGUAUUUCAUUGUUAGAGAUAUGGGUUUAAGAGGAAUUCAGACUUGUCUAAGAAUGAGAAAAACUGUUGGAAGCAUUCGAUACCUCAUUCCAACCCACUCUGAUCUCAUUCAUGCAUUCUCUUGUCAAACCAUGAGUGGUGGCAGUGGUGCUGGUGGAGGUCUCACCGUUGGUGCAAGAGCUCUCGCUAAACAUUGUCAUCGAAGUGAAACAGACAAGUGGUGGGGAGGUUCCAAUAUCUUAAAGGGAAAUGCACAAGAAAAAAACAACAAGGCACUUUCCAUACUUUCCAAGAUUCUUGAAGAAGCUACUUUUAUUAAUUGUCACAUUCUACCACACAAUGUGCCUUGUAUUGAAGUGAGAAAUUAUCAAGGCUAUGGAUCAAGAUGGGUCUAUCAGAGGAGGAGAAGACAUCAAAAUGUUCACACUCAUCACGAACAUAGUGCUACACCAAUCACUACAACGCUAGAUUAUGAAGACAACAAUCAAAUUAUAUUUCGAGGUUUUUUAGAACCCUACCAAAUCAAUGGUCACGAAAGUGGAUGGAAACAUUGA